AUGCCACCAUCGGCGGGCGAAGAGCGCCUUGUGACUGUUUUUGCGGAUAUCCACUACUAUUUCACUGAGCCAACCCGAAGACCUUCACCAUAUCACCACCGUUUUGAUAAAGGCUCCUAUGUUUAUAUUUACCAUGAUGCUUCUCAGAACAAGUCCCGGGUUGAAAUUGCCAAUAAUCCUGGAUCUCCAGAACAGGAUGCAUUCUGUGGGGGCUUGAACAAUGUUCAUAUACGACAUUCUGCUCAAUUCCCGACACUUUGUACAUUAACGGUUGAUACUCACACCCCCUUGCCCCAACAGCAAUAUGGACAAGAUACCCUUCAACAUGAGUGGCGUCUGCCUAGUGGAGACCCACGCGAUAAGCCCAAAGAUGUCCGCGAUUUCCCUCGCCUACAUACAUUGGAUAUCUACUUCUGGACCGAAGAAGAUUCAACCGACUUUCUGGACACUGUCAUCCGGCUUCUAUCCAGUGACCAGGUCGAGACAGACCGAGAGCCAGAACCGCUGCCACAGCAAACUAUGAGCUCUGUAGUCCAGCAACUUGAAACCGUUGCAGUCUCCGACCCUGCCUACCAGAAUGGUCAAACACGCAACUCACGAUCCGAGCCUACAAGCACAGCGGCAUCAGUGACACAAGCCCUCCCACAGACCAUCAGCUUUCCCCCACCUCCUCCAAGCGGACCUCCAGUUGAUCAACAACUAAGCGCUGGUUCUACUCCCGCGGAGGAAAGGAAAGAACCAGCUAGCUUUGCCCCGCUCCCAUACAAUCCAGCCGCCCCAGCUGCCCCAGAGCCAAUCCAACACCGCGAGAAGACCCCGCCGCCAGAGGACGGGAUGAGCGGCACCGGCCUCGCAGCCGCAGUGGCAGCCGACAGCGGCAUGCCAUAUACGCCCCCGCACCAAAUGAUGGGGGGCGCAGGAGUCGUGGGCGGAUUCGCGUCCCCGCCCCCCUCAACCCCGGGGUUGCAAUACGCAGGCCCUCCAUCAUUCGCCUCACCUCCGCCCAGUGUGGGACAGCAUUCAAACUCUUUCUCCACCGCCAGCUCCAGCCCGGGAAUGCCUGUGCCUUCAUACUCGCCGUCGUUCAUUGGCGGACAGGGAGCUCAACAGUACAGUUCCAGCCGCCAAGGUUCCAUGUCCUUCGCUCCGCCGCCGCAGGACCCGAAUGCCCAUCUCUAUGACCAACACGUCUAUGGGGCUGCCCAAGCCCAGUCGCCGCCUCAAUAUCAGGCUGGACCGACGGUGCCGAUAGGCGGGUUCUCGCAUCAUUCCUAUGACCAGACUCAGGCGCAGCAGCAGCAGCAACAACAACAACACCAGCGUUUCGGCUCCGAAUAUGAUAUCCAUAACCAAUUAUACAGACCCACUGAAGUGGAGGCUAACUCUCACUAUCAGAAAUAUGCACAGAAGGCCAUGAAGAAUCCUGGACAGCGGCCGAGGAAAUUGGAGGACAGGGCAGAGCGGUUGGAAGGUGGUGUGAAUAGGUUCCUGAAGAAACUUGAGAGGAAGCUUUGA